GUGGGUGGGCCGCCAGGGUGAGACGACUGGUUAGUGGAGGCGUGUCCUGGCUUAACCAUUAACCUCAGGCGUCAUCCAAUCAAGUUCCUCUGCUGACCUCCUCAAAUCACUGAUGUAUGGGAGUUUCCAUCAAGCCUUACCACCGUUUGAUUAUUUUGCUUCUUGUUCUCCGGGGAGAUGUUGGAAAAGAUCUUAGUCCUGCUUUGUUUGCCAUCUGCUUUGGCACAGCUCUGUACACCAGAUGCUUCCAAUGGCUCCAAAGUCCGACUCAGCAUCAAAACCGCGCUGGGAGAUGAAGCUUAUGUUUGGAAUGAAAAUGAAAUGUUCCUCUUCCGAGCAACUCUGGCUUUUGCCAUGAGGACUCGCUUCAACGGCCAGAUGUUCGAUGUGUCCAACAUCGUUGUGUGUGACGAGACGCCCAGAGUGUCCUUCUGGUUCGUGGUGACGUCGCCGCUGGACCCCUCCCAGCUGGUUAAGAGAGAAGAGGUGGAGGAGGCUGUGAGAAAGUCCAGGAACCGCAUCAACAGCGCCUUUCUGCUGACAGAUAAAACGCUGGAGUUCAUCGGCAUCCCCCCCACCCUGGCAGCACCAGUCGUCCCCGACACCCCCCCGUGGCUCAUUGUGUUCGGGGUGAUCAUGGGUGUCGUGGGUGCUGGCAUCAUCGUUCUGCUCGGGACCUCUGUGCUCCAAAAGAAACGCAAAAAGAACGAGAAAAGUGAAGAGGAGGAUGAUGAAGAAGAUACACGUGUGAAAACGGUGGAAAAUGGCACUGUGAGUGACGGUGUUUACAACACGUCAUUCUCAGAUGACGAGCGGUUCACAGAGAUUUAAAACUAAAGAAACA